UGGCCGUGAACUCGCUCGGAGAUGAUCAACGAGAACUAAGUGCCAUUUAUUUUGUAGUGUUCAUUUAUGUUCAGUGGACAAUUUUAAAGUCAAGAUUUCGUUAUAAUUUGACCUUUAUAUCCGUGAAAGUUCGAAUAGUUUUGUGCGUAAUUUUUAAUCAAUUCUUUGGUUAAGUGUUAUUUUAUCAAUUAAGCAGAGAGCAGGAAAGGUCUUUUUUUGAGCGAAAAAUGACCUACGCAGUGGAGCGAGGCAGUCCCUGGACCUCCCAACUGUACCUGGACGGUGUACUGGACUCAAUAAUUAAAAAUGGAGGCACAUGGGCCAAUAGCAGAGAGGGGGUGAAUCUCGCGGAGGUCUUGUUUUACUGCAUGAAAAACAAUCUGGGUGGAAUUCAUACGAUAAAUGGGGCAACCGGUGAAAAAUUCACCAACGGCCAAAUCCUCCAGCGUGCCGUCUCUAUCGCUCGCGCCUUGAAAAGCGCUCGUGCGACAGAGACAGUGGUCGUAAUGGUGCGGAACUCGGAGCAUAUGUCUGCACUGUUCUACGCUGUGCUGUUUGCUGGCGUGGUCCCUUUUAUGAUGGAGCCUCGUUCUACUGAAUAUGAAAUCCAACAGUUCCUCCCUCUGGUAUCCCCCCACAUCAUCUUCUGUGAGCCUGAUCGUGUCGAUAUCGUCACAAAAGCGGUGGAAGGAACUGACAUCAGAGUCGUGGUUGCCGAUGGUUCAUCGUUAGAAAAAUUCACGCUGGGGUGUAGUGAGGAUAUUGACAGUUUUCAGCUGACAGAAGUGCGCGCGGACUCCACAGCCUUAAUCCAACCCACCAGCGGCUCCACCGGUGUACCGAAAGGUGCCAUGCUAACUCAUGAAGGCAUGGUCAUGCAGAUGCCAAGCAUUUGGAUCCAUCACACCCAGUUUCCUCACCCGACUGGUAUAGGGCUCCUUUUGUCCACAUGCCAGUGGUUGACCCACACCAUUAUCAUGACCAGUUUCCCCGUCUACCAGGUCCCGAUCUUGAUGACUCCGUUGAGGAUCUCCGCGGAGUACAUCGCGGAAUUGGCAGGGAAAUAUCAAGCAACAUGGACCAUAAUCGGACCAUCACUAGCCGCCCCACUGGGUCACUUGGCCACGCCAGAGCAGCUAUCUUCAUUCGAUAGAUUGUACGUCGGAGGCUCGGCGUUUUCGCCUGACACCCUAGCUCCCCUCAAGGAUAAACUGCCAGCGCCUGGUCGCCUGCUAAAUGCAUACGGCAUGACAGAGGUGCAUGGAUUUAUAGCAGCAGGUCCACUGGGCACCCCGCUCAACUCCGUAGGGCAAAUCAUCAACAUUCUUGACUACAGGUUAAUCAACGAAAAAGGCGAAAUAGUCAAAGAGCCUCAUGAAAAAGGAGAACUGUAUCUAAAGGGCAGAUGUCUCCUGAAGGGAUACCUAAACAACGAGGCAGCCUACCGCGAAAGCGUCACUUCGGACGGAUGGUUAAAGACUGGAGACGUUUUCUACAAGGAUAAGGAGGACCGGCUCUUUUUCGUCAACAGAACUAAGCUGAGCUUCAAAUACUUGAACCAUCAUGUUUAUCCAGAAGAAAUCGAGCACGUCAUAGGCACUAUACCAGGAGUCCAGCAGUAUGUGGUGGUUGGCGCAGACUCUGGGCCUGCCGCUGCUGUGGUUCUACAAGAAGGGUGCGGUGUUACAAGAGAGGAUAUACAACAAGCAGUCAAUUGUCGUGUUGAUCAAGAUCGCUUGCAUCGCCUGCUGCUGUGUCCGCUACUGCCGCAAGAAACGAAGCAACAACAAUGGAGCGGUCCUUCAUCAAGCUCAAAAACCCAGCGACACUGAUAUUUAUGCCAGCCAUACUCAAACAUACCCUGCUCAAGUUCAAACUCCUUUAAACCCGACUCAGAACUACUCAGGCGUCAAUCUAGCUCCUUCAGAUUACGCUGUGAUGUUCGGGAAUUCGCAUCCAAAUUUAGAUAAUUUGGCCCGUCCGACUUACCCCCCAGUUUACCCACUACAACCACUUGGUAACCCCCCUUACCCAGCAGUCAAUCCAAUUUACCCUGCUGUUAAUACCAUUCAGACUAUACCAGUCAUAAACCCGACAAUUGCAGAAAGUUCAACUCCCACAAAUGCGACUUAUUCAACAGUAAAUCCUACAUAUCCCAGUCAAAACCCAAAAUACCCUAUAGAAAAUCAAAAUUUGACUAAUUCCGUUAUUAAUUCGAACUUAGUCGCUACGCCGAACUAUUAUACUCAUGAUACUGCGAUAAACAUGACUUACCCUACGAAUUCUAUUGCAAACAUGAAAUACCAAACAGAAAAUCAAAAUCUGACUAGUCCCGUUAUAAAUCCUUAUUCUACUGUAGAAGGUUCUACUCUGACAAACUUAGUUGUAGCUCCGACAUCUUCUACAAAUUACCCUACAAAUUCUAUUGCAAACACGAACCCAACAGAAACUCAAAAUAGUCCUAUUAUAAAUCCGUGCCCUGCUGGAAAUACUUUUUCCAACCCUGACUCAAAUCCAGUUGUAGAUAUAGACAAAAUUCAACCAGUAAACGAACCAACCAAUCCUGUAACGCAGACUAAUGUGAUUAUAAAACCAAAUCAUACUGAAAUAAAUUGGUCUGAAACCAAACCAGUAAACUUGACUGACAUUACAGAAGAUACCAUUCAUAAAAAUACUGAAACAAACAAGGAAUAGAUACUGGAAUCACCGUCCUCCAUCAAUGUGGUGGCAAAUAACACAUGGGUAAAAUUUACAUCUAUUGCUAAAAAAAAUCUCGGUCCAGACACACAUUCGUAGGUAGUAAAUUUUGUAAAUAGUACAGGUCUUAGUAGUAGUUAUUAAUUAAUCACGGAAGAGCGGUGCCUCCCAACACAGGCAAUAUUGCUUACCGGGAGACACCAUCCCCUAAAUUAUAUGAACUGUAUUUCAUGAAAUAAAGAAUUUUGUAUUUUGUAUUUUGUAUUUUUGUAUUUGUAUUCGUCAGAAGGAAUACGUCACAUAACAGUCACAGCCCGCACUCCGUCGUAAUGUCGUAUGCUUUCCGAGUGGCAUAGUCUACUUUUAAAUAGGUGAAAUGAUCAUGAAUUGUUACUUUUCUUACUGCAUCUUACUGGAAAAUAUACUGGUAUGUGUGAUAUCAAAUCAAAGUCGCAUUUUUAUAAUUUAAAUACGCCUGCAAAAAAAAUACAUAUAAUAAAUUCAAGAAAAAUAUGUAUAUUCUGUUUUGUACAAUUUUGUUACUACUUA